AUGACUCUUGACUUCAUCGGUCAUAAAAUAUUUGGAGGACAUGUGAAGGAACAAGGAAGUGUAAUCCAUCAUAACCGGCAAAAGAUAGCACAAAUCUUCGUGACGGCGAUGACGAAAUGGUGGGACAAUGUUAACGAGUCAACUCAGUGGCAAGAUGGGAUCUUCUUCUCUCUUUGUGGAGCUUAUGCUCUUGUUUCCGCCAUCGCUCUUGUCCAACUGGUGAGGAUCCAAAUGAGAACGCGUGAAUAUGGUUGGACCACUCAGAAGGUGUUUCAUCUCCUAAACUUUGUCGUCCAUGGAGUUCGUGCGGUUCUGUUUGGAUUUCAACAUCAAGUCUUUCUCAUGCAUCCCAAGGUUUUUUGCUGGAUAUUACUGGAUUUUCCGGGCCUCCUCUUUUUCUCGGCGUACACACUGCUCCUUCUGUUCUGGGCACAGAUAUAUCACGAGUCAAGAAGCUUACCAACGGAUAAGCUGCGGAAAACCUAUAUUGCAGCCAAUGUGGCUGUAUAUUUGUCUCAGGUUGUUAUAUGGGUAUGCAUCUGGGUAAAUGAUAACAGCACUGUGGAGUUAGUUGGAAAGAUAUUUAUGGCAGUUGUGUCUUUCAUCGCUGCGUUAGGCUACUUGCACCACGGAGGAAGAUUGUUUAUUAUGCUGAAAAGAUUCCCUAUUCAGUCAAAAGGGAGAAGUAAGAAGCUCCAUGAGGUUGGAUCUGUGACAGCCAUAUGCUUCAUCUGCUUCCUCAUAAGAUGCAUUGUGGUGGGUGUAUCAGCUUUUCGCAGGGAUUUGAGGCUGGAUGUUCUUGAUCGUCCGGUUCAGAAUUUAAUCUACUAUAUGGUGGUUGAGAUAAUUCCAUCGGCACUAGUCCUCUUCAUUCUGCGUAAGCUACCUCCAAAGAGACCACCAGUUCAGUACCAUCCUGUCCAGUAGACUUCUUUUGUCUGAAGAAAAUUGAGGCAAAAUAAAUCUGUAGCUGAAGAAGAAGAAGAUGGUGUGGAAUCUGCGUGAGUUUAUAAUUGGAAUGCACGUUCAUAUAUAACUUUUUGGUUUUGUAAAAUUAUUGUUAUAUUUGUCGUGUUUUACGUUACAUGUUCUUUUGCUACUUCGAAUAUCUCUUCUGUUUUUAUGCUUUUCUGGCGCGGAUGUUUAAUUGUUUAUGUCCUGUUUCGGUUGAACUUUGAAAACAAUACAAAUCGUUGUCUUUAA